AUGCCCAGUAAUUCACAGUUUGGAGACAGGGUGGUUAAUGGUAUUUUGCAAAUGACAUCUGGACAACAGAAUAUUCACAACCCUGCAAAGACUUUGCAGGCUGCGAGGUGGCAGUACUGUGGGGAGCCUGAUGAGAGCCAGAAAGCUGUAUUGGUGCAGUUCUCCAACGGGAAGCUGCAGAACCCAGGCAACAUGCGCUUUACCUUGUACAAGAAUAAAGACUCCACCAACCCCAGGAAGAAGAAUCAUCGGAUCGUGGCAGCUGAAACAGACAGACUUUCCUAUGUGGGGAACAAUUUUGGGACUGGAGCCCUCAAAUGCAACACUUUGUGCAGGCACUUUGUGGGAGUUUUGAACAAGACCUCUGGCCAAAUGGAAGUAUAUGAUGCCGAAUUGUUCAAUAUGCAGCCACUAUUUUCAGAUGAAUCCAUUGACAUUGAACUGCCAUCACAGAGUCAAGCCAAAACUUACAGAGAAAAGUUGGACUCUUGCAUUGAAGCCUUCGGUACCACCAAGCAGAAGCGAGCUCUGAACUCCAGAAGAAUGAACAAAGUUGGCAAUGAGUCUUUGAAUCUUGCAGUGACUAAAGCUGCCGAGAAUAUCAUUGAUACAAAGGGGGUGACCGCUCUGGUCAACGAUGCCAUCCACGAUGACUUGCAAGAUGAUUCCCUCUACCUUCCUCCCUGCUAUGCUGAUGCAGCCAAGCUUGAAGACGUGUAUAAAUUUGAAGAUCUUCUUUCCCCCGUGGAGUAUGAAGCUCUUAAAAACCCAUCUGAAGCUUUUAGAAAUGUCACAUCAGAGGAAAUUCUGAAUAUGAUUAAAGAGAACAGCCACUGCUCCUUUGUCACUAAAGCACUGAAAUCCUUGCCGUCAGAUGUGGAGAGCCGAGACCACCAGGCCCGAUGCAUCUGGUUCCUGGACACACUUAUCAGAUUUCGAGCUCAAAAAGUGAUUAAGCGGAAAAGUGCCUUGGGACCUGGAAUUCCGCAUAUCAUCAACAUGAAACUCCUGAAGCAUUUCACCUGCUUAACUUACAACAAUGGCAGCUUACGAAACUUAAUAUCGGAUUCAAUGAAGGCAAAGAUUACAGCAUAUGCGAUCAUACUUGCCUUGCAUAUAAGUAAUUUCCAGGUUGACCUGACGAUGUUACAAAGGGACCUGAAACUCAGUGAGAAAAGGAUAAUUGAGAUAGCAAAAGCUCUACGGCUGAAGAUCUCGAAAAUAAGGGUGUCUGCAGCAGAUGGCGGCGACGAGGAUCACAGACUGGGCACCCUGUCCAUCCCACUGCCGCCAGCACAGACUUCGGAACACCAGUCAAAGAGGAGAAGAGUCAAGUAG